AUAAGAAAUAUAAUAGAUUCAGAGCGAAUUAAGCAAGUAUCAGAAAAUCGGCAAUGAUUGACUCCUAUAAUAGAAUCUAUAAUUUUUUUAGGACGCCAAAAUGUACAUGAUCCAUAAAUCACAAAUGCCAAUCGUAUUGCGGUAUUGUUAUCAAAAACAUAUUUACGAGGACUUCAUGGGAUUUGUUAGAAGCUACCCAAAUUUUGAUGAGGAUACAAUGGAGCCCAAACUCACAGAUAGAUGGCAGCAGAGCAACUCUCAAAAAAGACAGAAGCAGCACAUUGAAGCGCACAUAUUGAGAGGCACCGUCUAG